ACUAUGUUUAAUAGCCCAUAUAAAGCCCUGACGCGUCGUCAAUAACAAUGGUCUCGAUAUGGAGAUAGAGGAGAAGCAUAACCCUAAUUCUCAUGAACGUCUCAGACCAAGAGAUACACCCGAAUCCUGGUCCGAGCUUUCUCAUGAUCUCGUGAUUUCUGUUUUCAAACGCCUCAGCUUUGCUAAUUUCCGACGAGCAAAAUCGGUAUGUUCGUCGUGGCACUCUUCUUCGAGACAAUGCGUGCCCAAAAACCAGACCCAUUGGCUGGUUCUCUUCCCCGAAGACAACCACAGCGACAGCAAUUCUUGCACGUUGUUCAAUCUCGAGGAAAAAGAUAGACUUUACAGAACACAAGAUCUUGGUCUGGAAUUCGCAAAGAGUUUUUGUAUGGAGACCUACGGAAGCUGGCUCUUGAUGUGCAACCGUAUGCAUAAUCUCUACAUUGUGAAUCUCUUUACACAUGAGAGGAUCGAUCUACCUCCUGUGGAGGCACAGCAUGGAGUGACAAAGAUGGAGCGAACCUUAGAUGAUGACGUGUUUCGCAUUACGAGCCACAACGGAAAAGAGUACAAAGGUAUUCGUCUACGAUCGCCAGUGCUUUGGAUUGAUGAGAAAACCAGAGAAUAUGUUGUGUCGUGGGAGCUGCGUGGAUUGUGCGUAGUUUAUUCGAGAAAAGGAGAUGCCUCGUGGAAUCAAAUUCCUGAAACCUCAAGCUGCUGUGACAUGGUUUACAGGGACUCCAAGCUUUACUUCUUAAGCUUGUUUGGUCAGUUCAGAAUCUUCGAUUUUUCUGGAGAAUUUCCACAACAAACCUUUCAGUGUGGGGUUAUUGUGGAAAGAUUUCGGUUAGGUAUCCAACUUCGUCAACGAAGUAAUUCCUUGAGCAUUGUUGCUACCAAACUUGUAGUCACAGUAACAGGAGAAGUCCUCAAGGUUGAAAAACUGUGGAGAUCGAGGUCUGAAACCUGGCCCUUCCGUGUUUUCAAGGUCUAUUCAUCAGGAUUCCUGAAGAAACAUAAUCUGAUUUAUUCUUUGGGUGACGAGUCAAUGCUUUUGGAUCAAGGCAUCACAGUUCUCGCCAAUGACACUGAUGGAUUCAUUAAAAACUCCGUCUACUUCAGUGUUAGUCAUGGAAAGGACGUACAUGACAUAUUUCUUUUUAACCUCGAGACACAGAAAACAGAGCUGUUGCACAAAUUUGAUUGUUCUUCAGUUCAAUUCCCUAGAGCUCGAUGGUUCUUACCAAGUUUUAGGCUAACGUGA